AUGGUGGUGGAAAAGAUUUAUAAUACUUCAGUUAACCGUGAUUUGGUUCAGGAGGAGGAAAGAGGUGAUGUAAUUCUUCAAAAUGAUGAUAACAAGAAUAGGAAACAGGUUGUUACUGAUGCAGAAAACGAAGAAGUUUCUCUUGUGAACCAGGUUAGUCUUUCUUGGUUUUGAAAUGUGAUGUUUUUUCGUGAAUCCUUCGUGACUUCAAGAACGUGUUAACAAUAAUUAUUAUGAAUUGAUUAUCGCCUUCAUAAAUUAGGUUUUAGUGAGGAACUCACCACGGCUUCGCUGUCCUUUCCUACAAUGUUCAUGUGGAAAAGAUGUAAUAAUUGCCAGAUCGUUUUUUUUUUCAAGUGGCAGUUAAAAAUUUAGCGUUUUUAUACUUGUCUAGUAAUUUCAGUUCCAAGUGGAAAAUGAUACUACUAGUGUUUUGUUUUAUGUUGUACCCAUCCUCGCAAGCUUAGCCUUUGGGUCAUUAGUGCGCGUGCGCAAACCAAAGUGAGUGUAGCCGUAUCUUUAAAACAAAAAACUUUAAAUGGCUGAAUAAUCGAAUCAGAGGGUGAAGAGAAAUAAUCAAGUGUUCAUUAUGUCAAUAUUUCAGCUGGAAAAUUUUCGGUAUUCCAUUAUUCCAGAAAAAAGAACUCAUUAUUCCGUUGAAAAAAUCUGCAUAUUCCAUUAUUCCGCGCCACAAAAUGGCAUUUUUCCAUUAUUCCAAGUAAACAAUUUCCGUCAUUCUUAUUCCAUUAUUCCUCUUCACCCCCCAAAAUAGUCUUUCAGAAUCCGAAACAAAUUAACAGUUAUUUUGUUUCUUUUUUUUCAUAUUCUUUUACAGGAAGAUGAUCCAAACGAAGACGGUGUUAGUGAACUCACAUUAACAGGACCUGAUCAUGAGUUAGUGGUUGAUACUACUUUACGUCCAGAGGAGAUCAAGGAGCGAGCUGUAGAGUUGAUAAAGGAAUUAGAAGGUGAAGAUGUUAAGGCUGAAGAAUCUGUUGUGAGUAUUGAACUGUGGGAUUUUGCUGGACAACACCUGUAUUAUGCAUCCCAUCCCGUAUUUUUAUCAUCACGUGCGCUGUACAUCUUGGUGUGCAACCUCAGCAAGUCACUGCAUGACACAGCCAAGCCCUGUGUGAGACAAGGAUCUCGUAAUGUUGAGUUGGAAAACCCAAAUGGCGAAACAAAUCUUGAGAACUUGUUGUCUUGGCUGUCCACAGUGCAUAGCGUCGCACAGAUGAGAAGAGAAACCUGUGAUGAUGUAGAAGAAGAGGUGCCUCAUUUGCGCCCCCCAGUGAUCAUUGUAGGAACCCAUGCAGACAAACCAUUUGAAGACAUUUCAACAAUGAAAACAGAAAUCCAGAACGCAAUUGCUGGUAAGGACUAUGAAGGACAUGUGGUGCGGCCUAUCUUCAGCAUUGACAACACUGCAAAAUUAACUCAAAGGAAGAUCAAGACAAUGGUUUUCGGGAAAGACGAAAACAUUGAGGAGGUCGAAGCUCUACAAGUAAAAAUCAUGGAAGUACUAAGACAGGAGCCUUACAUUGGGGAGAGUAGACCUGUGAGGUAAAUGAUGGUUAUACCAGAAUGUUUAGAAUCCAUCAAAGUAAAUAUUAAAUAAUUUCCAUGUCAAAAGUUAAGCUGUGAACACACUGAGAUUACGUUUUACGUGUAUGGCGUUUGUUUCCGCCAGUCCUUGUAAGAUUUUUUCUUUAAUAUGUAAAUGUGUUUCAGGUGCCAUAAGUAACUCAUUGACUGUGACGCUGCAUAAAAGUGUGGCCGCAAAACAUCAAAAGGCUGGUUCAUUGUAGUCCUUAACUUUGGUUAAAAAAAAUUAUAGCGAGAACAGAAAAUAUUCAGUGAUUCCUGUAUGAGCUACCUAGCGGUCAUAAGAAAUGAAUAUCUCGUUGAUUCAAACAAGUUAACCGUGAAAAGCAGUUUUGACUAACCUUAAGGAAUAUUCUACCCAGAACGGUUUUAUAAUCUUAUCUCGAAUUGACCAAAAAGCACCGUGUACAUUUCAAUUGUCGUUUUAAAAAGGUAAAGUAAAGCGGAUAACACACCGCUCCAAUCUGUAGUUAACUGCAUAAGUGCACAUGGUGACCAUUUAGAACAUGACCAGCUGUAUUAGUUAAGCUUAUUUAAGCUUAUAUUGAUCUCAUUUUAAGUUUAGAAAGACCAUCAAUACUAACUAAUAAAAAAUCUUCUCGGCUUUUAACAUUUCAGCAGUCAUGUUUUGGAACGUGUUUAUGCUUCUGGCCCCGGUUGUUCAAACGAGGAAUCACUAUUAAGCUGGAAAAUAGUAGGAAACCUUAUGGCACUUUCCACCGGAUUUUGGACAGAUACCCAUGUAUUUAUCCAGUGAAAAGAGUUAUCCACCUUUCGCACAUCUGGGCCCUGUACUUUAGUCAGUACAGGUAUACUGUGUCAUGACAUGGAUACUUAAACGCGUGCUAUCAAUUUUCUCUUUGGUUUUGUAAACUAGGUGGCUGAACUUUGAGAGAGUCAUCAACGCUUUGCUUUCCAAGCCAGUUUAUUACCUGAGUAUAACGAAGCUACGGACCCAUGCCAAGGAGAAGUGCUUCAUCGAUGAUGAGGAAGAGUUUACCACCAUGGUGAAUUUCUAUCAUGACCUGGGGAUAAUUAUCAAGCACCGUAGCACAGUCAUCUUGAGUACCCAGUGGCUGAUAGACUUGUUCGGGCAUGUGAUCACUAUUCCAGAUUUUACGAAAAUGGUAAGAAAUGGAUUUUAAACGUGUUUUAAAACUUGCAAGGUUUAUAAUGGUCCACAUUUUGGAUGACAUCACAGGUUUCCAACCGUGCUGUAGCUAAUAAAAAGAAUUAUAUCAAGUGCAUUGCCCGCUAUCUUUUUGAAAAUGUUAGCUGUUACUCAAAUAUUUGUAAACAGCAAAAUCCUGGUUGAUUGGGCUGCUAUUUAAUAUUUCCUCAGAGUAAAACAGUUAGGGUAGGCGAUGUAAUUCUGAAAUGAAAUGUUACUCGACCAAACCUUUAACAACUGAAUUAGUACUAACGCCUGGUCGGCAGUCGUCCCUGUAAUCAACCCACUAUACUGACGUCACUAAGAGUAAACAUUACAAUGAAACAUUUUCACUGCACUUUCUUAUUUGAACGUUGUAAUAUUCCAAGAGGAUUCUUGUUUCAAUUUCGAAAGACGUUAGGUGACAUCACGAGGCACCCGCUAACAAUAAUAGGAGCUUAUAACCAAUUUAAUUGUAAUUUACCCUUUAUGUAGGCUCAAAGGAAUUGUACAACCAACCAGAGUGGAAAUACAUGUUUAAUAAUAUACAAGAAAAAAAUGCUCAAUUCUGAUUGGCUGAGAAAGGAGUGCAGUUCUUCUGUAACACGAGUGCAAACUUGUAACACGAGUUCAAAAACUUGUAACACGAGUGCAAAUUACAAAUGGUUUCUGAUUGGCUGAAGACACAAAAGAAACCACCAAGACAUGUACAUGGCCAAGAACCAAACAGAUUAGAGCUGUUUUAACAACAAAAUUAAAGAAAAUGGCCAUGGCUUUCAGCAGACGAGGCAAAACAACAAUAGACAAGGUAAAAAAAUAUUUGAAAAACCCGAACACAGUAAAAAGUACGUCUUUCUAGCUAAAUGUAUUGAAACUGCGGCGCUAAGAGAAAAAUACUGUCAACAAAUCGAGGAAAAUGAGCCAGAGAAACUAUAAAACAAGCUACUUAUAACAGAUUACGCUAAAGUAAAAAAAAAGAAAGAACAGAAACGGUGGCAACCACACGCAAACCAUGACAGCUACACUUUUCAAGCAUUUAAAUGAACAAGGAUACAAGUUUUCCAUGAUAACAACAGGGAUUUUAAGUCACGUACGUUAUUUGUUGGAGGAGAAAGGUGUCCGAUGCUCUCUUUGAGUCUUUUGUGGAGCGAAGACCCCUCCAUGCGAUGGUCUGUUUUUUUUUUUUUUCCUGACAGUAGCAAACGAAACCGAAAAUUUACACAUCUGGUCCAAACUAAACCAAUGGGCGAAAAUACCAUAACUAACGUAAUGAAAGUAUCCGUACCUGGUACCAGUCUUAAACAAAGUGAGAAAAACGUUUACGAAUCAUUGUGCAAGACAUCAGAAAAUCGUCAAUAUCAGAAGUAAUCUUGGUACACCUGUAAUUCCUGAUUUCUUCAGAACCCUAGAUACUUCAUCAAUAACCUGUCAGCUUGUAAAUUUUGCACCAACAUCCAACACCGAACUGUCGAACAUUGCUAACAAUAUCAUCAUGAAAUCCUGAAUUUUGGAUCCGCUUCCUGCCACCCCACUGAAGCAGCACUUCGAGUUACGUUUACCAAUUAUCCUACUCAACCUCUGUUUGACUUCGACGUACUUUCAGUACAACGCCAAACAUUACAAACAGUUACACGGUACGGCUAUGGGCUCUCCACUUUCUGUUGUUGUAGCAGAAAUUGUCAUGCAAAACAUCGAGGAACAAGCCCUAGCUACCUACACACGAACUGUACCUCUUUGGUUACGUUACGUUCAAACGACACAUUCACCGCCGUACACAAAGACGGAAUCGACGAUUUUCACGAACACCUUAACAGACAGAACGCGGACAUACAAUUCACCAACGAGAUCGAAGAAAAUGGUAAGAUACCUUUUCUAUACUGCUUGGUCACUCGCGACAACAACAAACUAAAAACGACUAUUUACAGAAAACCGACACAUACCGAACGAUUACCAGACCAGUCUUCGUACAACCCGACCUCUCACAAGGCUACUACUAUCCGGACUCUGACGAGACGAGUUCAACUAGUUUGCAACUCACCUGACAGCCUACAAGACGAGACUGAUUAUCUUAACAACGUUUUUAGUAAGAAUUACAACACGGACUAUGUUAGACGGAACACUCACAGUAACACAGAUUCCAACACUCAGACCAACUCUGACCCUGUUACGACAGCGACUAUACCGCACAUCACAGGCACCUCUGAAACUAUUGCACGUAUAUUACAACCUUACAAUAUACGUGUUGCACACAAACCAAUAACCACUUUACAGGUAGCAGUAUACAAGAUCAAAUGCUGCGACUGCCAGGCUUCUUACAUUGGUGAAACCGGCAGAAACCUAAGCACCCGACUGACCGAACACAAACAAGCGACGAGGAACAUUGCUGAGCACCAUUUAAAGACGAAACAUCAAAUUGACUGGGACUCUGCGACAUGUAUAACGUAUUCUACAGACUACUAUCAACGUCUUACUUUAGAAAGCUGGUUUACUAACUUAGAAAAGACGCCACUGAAUCGUAGCCAAAAGUUACCAGCGACGUACAAACGACUUAUUGACGAGAUCAAGCAAAACUAACUACGAGAUAACUGGAGAACUGACAAUUUGACUAACAAUAGACGACUGUUUAACUGUGACAAUAGACGGAUCGAAACGCACCAAUUACUGAUUACGAGUCUUCAUAGCCAAUAACAUCACGGCUUAACUGACAAACGACCAAUAAAAUCGCGACGUAAUUGACCAAUCAGAUCAAUAACCAGAGUAUAAUAGCAUGAACUGACGUGAUACAGCUCACUUUGACUCCGAAGAUGACUACCGCACAGGUUGUCGAAACGUCAGUCACUGUCAACAACAACAGUCCUAUUCAGGACUACGCAGUUCACCCAGACGAUCAAACUCAACUUACUUUAUCUUGCAGAUUCUCAAUUUGUCACUGGAAUCCGGUCAUUUUCCGUCUUCUUUGAACACUGCUGUUCUAUCUCCACUACUUAAGAAAGCCAACUUAGAUCAUGAAGUUCUUGCAAACUACAGACCUAUUUCAAACCUCAAAGUACUCUCAAAAAUUAUUGGGUCGUCGCAGUACGUCUUCAAAAAUAUUUAGAAGCUAACCAGCUAAAUGAGCCGCUACAAUCUGCCUAUAAACCUUUCUACAGUUGUGAAAUCGCCCCUGUGCGCGUUCAUAAUGACAUUUUGGUAGCUAUUGAUAAACGUCGCUGUGUUAUGCUUCUACUGUUAGACCCCUCUGCUGCAUUCGACACUGUGGAUCACGAUAUCCUCCUUACAAGAUUGCACUCUAAAUACUCUAUCUCUGGCAUAGCUCUUGAAUGGUUUCGCACCUACCUCACUAAUCGCUCGCAAUUUGCGAUAAUCGAAGGGUGUAGAUCGCAGUAUCGCGAGCAGUAUCGCAUGCGGAUAAGCGCUAUAUAAGUGUUAUUAUUAUUAUUAUUGUACCUCAAGUUUCUUUCCUUAGACCGAUUCUGUAUGUACUCUACACAGCACCACUGGCCAACAUUCUACGAUUCCACGAAAUGCAAUUUCACUUUUACGCCGAUGACACUUAAUUGUGUAUUUCUUUCUCAACAAACGACGACAUGGAAUUAACCAACAUUAUCACUAAGAUUGAGGAAUGCCUGUCCGACAUUGAUAAGUGGAUGUCCAUCAACAGACUAAAACUAAACAAAGACAAGACCGAGCUUCUCUACUUAUUCUCAAAGUUUAAUCCACAACAAUCCCUACCCCCUCUUCGCUUUGGAACUGACAUAAUCAAGCCCUCUCCACAUGCAAGAAACAUUGGCGCUAUCUUCGAUACACUAUGUCAAUGCUUCCCCAUGUAAACAAUGUCUGUAAAUCUGCCUUUUAUCAUCUUCGCACCAUUUCUCGCAUAAGAAAAUACGUAUCAACGCAAACUACUGAGAUUCUUAUUCACGCCUUCGUAACUUCCAAACUCGAUCACUGCAAUUCACUACUAUAUAAUGUCCCUAAAAACGUCAUCAAAAAGCUUCAAUCGGUGCAGAAUGCAGCUGCCAGACUGAUUACACGGUCUAGCAAGUGUCAUUACAUCACUCCCAUCCUCCUCGAUCUUCACUGGCUACCUGUUUCUGAACGAAUUGAAUUCAAGAUUCUACUACUUACCUUCAAAGCUCUGCAUCAGCAAUCUCCAACCUACAUUCAAGACCUUAUCACCCGCUACUUACCUUCUAGACUGCUUCGGUCAUCCUCUACGCUCAGUCUGAAUCCUGUUAGCUUUAACCUUAAGACCUAUGAGUCUAGAGCAUUCUCUAUUUCAGCCCCUGAACUUUGGAACAAACUACCUGACGAUAUACGCUCAUGCGAGAAUCUAAGUCUUUUUAAGCAUAAAUUUAAAACCCGCCUUUUUAAGAACUUUUGCUUUAGUCGUUCGGAAGAUGUAUUUAUAUGUGUUUUAUUUAAAUUUAAGGUGGCUCGAUAUAGUUUUUCAAGGUCAAUACCUCCCAAGUUUGAGCGUAAACUACGUCGCCAUAAACAAAGAUUUGGAAAAAUUGACACCACAGUUGUAUUAGAUAAAGAUGAAACUUUGUUAUGAUCAGGGUUGCAAUGACAUCGGAGUUGUCAUAGCAACGAAAUGACGCCAUCACCUAUUUUACUUGCAGCAGUAUAUCUCGGCACUGGGUACUGUUCUUCCAAAAUCGUUUACUAGAGCUUUUUCCGACAAUAGCCGCCUAGAUGUUCGUGAAGUUUAAGCGAAAUCUGUAAGAGCGUUAUCGACUGUGAUAACAGUCGAACAUCAAGAUUGUCCAUUUUUUACCGUAUUUCUAAACAUAAAAACUUGUUCCCAAAAUAUCUCGAUAACACUCUUACAGAUUGGUCUUGAAAAAGUUUGAAUUUGACAAAGGUAGUAGACUGUUUCAGCCAAUCAGUUGAAUGAUCUAAAAACGCGCGCGCUGUCAAAAUUUGUAGUUGUAGUUAUGCUUUUCGUGUAUAUUAUUAAUAAGUAAUCACAUGAUUUUUCUCGUGCAAUUUGGAAUAAAUAAGCUCUUGUAAAUUUUUCAAAAAUUUACUCGUGCUUAUUUAUUCCAAAUUGCACUCGAAAUCAUGUGAUUACCUAUACGUAUAUAUAAAGGAGGCUUGUUUUCACCGCUCUUACUGAUGUACACGCGCGGAGCCAAUUUCGAAAAAUUUAUAACACUGCUCAACCUACACAAAAAACGGAGGAGUGUAGCUUGUACCAAGCAGUAUUGUCUCCUACGCUGAGGUCCUUUUGGCUCGUCAAGCAACCCUCCCCAACUACAUGACAAGUAGUCUCUCAUUUUCCUCAGGGAUAGUGGAACGAGAGAAUUAGGCGAGAGCGCGUGAAAAUUGCCACCCGCGAAGAAGGUGACAAACGCUCCUGUAUUUUGUUCGUUGUUGCAGUUGAAACUCUUGCUUUGGCAAUUCGUCAAAACCCAGAGAUAAUUGGUAUUAAAAUCGGUGGCGAAGAAACAAAACUCCUUCAAUAUGCUGAUGACACAACGGCCGUUCUGUCUGACUCGGCAAGGCCCUUUUUAACCUUCUCGAAGUAUUCAAGAACUUAUCAGGACUUGUAAUUAACUCAUCUAAAACUGAAGGAAUGUGGAUCGGGUCGUCUAGAGAUAAAACUUCAAAACCUUUUGGUAUAAAAUGGCCUGAUGAACCAAUCAAAGCCCUUGGUGUUUAUUACUCAUACGUUAUCAAACUUUUGCACGAAAAAAAUUUUAUUGAGAGAUUGGACAGUGUCAAAAAACUUAUAAACAUUUGGUCUUCAAGAGGUCUUUCUAUCUAUGGAAAGUAACAAUUAUCAAGUCUUUAAUCAUACCAAAACUUGUUUACAUUUCCUCGCUUCUGCCGGUCCCCAAGGAAAUCGUUAAAGACUUAAAUCAAAUGAUAUUUAAAUUUUUGUGGAAAGGAACGGAUAAAGUGAGAUGACUUUCCACAAUUAACGAAUACGAAAACGGUGGUUUAAAAAUGAUCGAUCUGGAAAGUAUGAUUUAAUCUUUACGACUAGCCUGGCUGAAAAGGAUCUUCCAGUGCAACAAUGGUGCUUGGAGAAGCUUUUUACGGUUUUUGUUGGAACCUUUUGGGGGCCUCUUUUUAUUUCAUUGUAAUUAUGACAUUAAAGAGAUACAUAUUUUCUCUAAAUUCUAUUCCGAGUUACUUCAAUGGUGGUCUGAGUUUCGUAGUGUUUUCGAUAAUAGAAGGGAAUGACAGUAUUUUUUGUGGAAUAACAAAGAGAUAAGUGUUGAUAAUAAGCCUGAUUUCUAUAAAAAACUUUUUGAACAAGAUGUUAUUUUCGUAAAUGAUCUUUUGUUUGAAUUAGACACCACAAAUUCUUUUACUAUUGUUUCGAAUAACAUUAGCAAGAUUAACUACCUAAUUUGGGCAGGGCUUCGUCUCUCUGUUCCAAAACAUUUAAAGAAUAGCAAUUGUCUUCGCUCAGAAAUAAGCUUAAUAUUGACAAUCGAUAACAAAGAAUUUGAUAUAUUAGAAAAGAAAUCUAAAGAUUACUACAUGCUAAUUAAAAGAAUAAUUCCCCAGUGUCCAAAAAACUCCAAACACUUGCGUCAAGAUUUCAAUCUAACCCAAGACCGGCUGAAAAAAGUAUUCCUUUUUCCACAUGAGGGAGCGUUUGAACCUUAUCUAAAUGGUUUUCAAUACAAAGUCCUUAAUUCAAUUCUAUUUGCCAACAAAAAGUUAUGCAAAAUAGGUUAUAUUCAAGACGAUAAAUGUUCCCUAUGCAAAACGGAUUCGGAAUCCCUUUACGACAUCUUUUUCGAAUGCAGACACACCAAGCAGUUUUGGAAAGAAUUUCAAUAUUACUAUUACACAUGUACAUUGACAAGAGAAUUCAUCUGUCUGACCUUACAAGACGUUAUUACAGGAAUAUUAUAUACAAAUUGCCCUUUACUGGAUUAUUUGAUACUGAUCGCUAAACUAUACUUAUGGGGUUGUAGAAGAAAUCAAACUCUUCCAGUCAUACUGCCUUUUCAUUCAAGGUUAAAAUUAAGUAUGAAACAGAAAAGUACAUAUGUAUUAAAACUAAUAAAAUGGACAAGAAGUGGGCUCUGCGUUUGGACUCUGUACCGUAGUGUCGUCUGUACUUAGUCAGGGACCGCGCAGAGGGAGGGGCUGGGGGGGCUUUAGCCCCCCCACUUUUUUGCAAGAAUAAAAAUAAAUUAAACAAAAAAUAAUUUAACAAAAGUAACGGAGUGAAAAAUAGCAAAAAAUCGUUAAUUCGAAAGUGACCAGAGUUACUGGCAAAGACAAACGCGCAGAUAAAUAGCCAGAAUGAAGCAUUAGUCGUUACAAUUGUAAAAUAUUUUUUCGCUUCUAACCUAGCAGAGGUAAACGUCUUUUAAAUGGCUUCUUUUUCCUGCGGACCUCUCAGCAAAACGCGUUGUUUCGUAAUUGGUCAAUUUCGAUCCAAAGUAAUAACUGGGUUUAGUUUAUAAGGCGAUUCUCAAACAAAUUGUUUAUUAGUUUCAACCUUGAUUUUUGGAAGAUCGUGAAGUUAUUGUUUCUCCUGUUAUUGUGCGUCCUGAUUUUAGCUCGAUCAGCACGAAGUCCGUCUUUUGAUGUCAGGCUUCACGGCUCGUUGAGCAUUCCAAUUGCACGUUUUGUUGAACGCGGUCUGUUUAUAAAAACAUUUUGUCAUCGAAAGUACUUAAACCGCAGAAUUGUGUAUAGCUCUGGUCAUCAAGGAACAUUCAAUCCGGCGGUUAUUACGAACAAAGAAGUGCACAUGGUACACGGCAACAUAAAUACGAACGACGAGACUUCACAUACCACUAGUAAUGCAAAGAAGAGAUCUCUUUAAAUUUCUGAUUACUUUUCCAAACAAAAUGGAAAACCUUCUUUAUCGGGUGAGUAACCUCUGCACAAUUUUUGCUUCUUUUUUCUGAAUCUGUUCUAUAAUUGAAUUUUCAUUCACUAAAUUAUUUUCAGUUACCGUUUUGUUUUGCCUUGUAAAUAUUUUGAAUGAAUAAUUAAACAAUUAUUGAACUCGGCUGUCGUAUGAUAUGAAGAUAUACAGAUCUCGGAGGGUGUUGUCCACCGGGCUCAAGCCUUCGGCUUUGGCGGAUAACCCCCUCGAUCUGCAUAACUCUUCAUAUCAUACUCAGCCUCGUGCAAUAAUUGCUCAGUAAUUAUACAGCCUUGAGUUCAAGGCAGCUCAAGCAAAAUCGUUGGAUUUCUGGCUUGUUUAUAGUAAUUAAAGGUUGAUAUUAGUAGUAUAACAUAACAAUCUAUGAUAUUUCAAUUUAGUGAUGGUGAAUUUUCAGACCCGAUAGCAACAUCACUGAAGAUGUGGAAAAAAAUCAAUAGUUUUAUCGUUAUUCGCAUUCUUCGUCGCUUUAGAGAAAUUGAAUAGAAAUCCACAAGCAUGCCCCCCGCCCCCCGCCCCCCCCCAAAAAAAACAUUUCCCUUCACGCAUUCUUCUUUAGCCCCCCCACUCGAAAACUUGCUGCGCGGUCCCUGACUUAGAACGUAUUUUUCUUUCUUUUUUUUGUAUAGUUACUUUACCGUUAAAGUUCAUAGUGUAAUGUAAUGUAAUGUAUUUGUAAUUCAUUUGUAAUGUAAUAUCAUGCAAUGUCAUGUAACGUUAGUAUUGUAACGCUGUGCAGUAUUACUGCACAUUAGUACUGAUGCACACGCGCGGAGCCAAUUUCGAAAAAUUUAUAACACUGCUCAACCUACACAAAAAACGAAAGAGUGUAGCUUGUACCAAGCAGUAUUGUCUCCUACGCUGAGGUCCUUUUGACUAGUCAAGUAACCCUCUCCAAAUAGGUGACAAGUAGUCUCUCAUUUUCCUCAGGGAUGGUAGAACGAGAGGAUUAGGCGUGCGCGAGUGAAAAUUGCCACCGCGAAGAAGGUGACAAACGCUCCUGUAUUUUGCUCGCUCAAAUAUCCCAGAGGAAAAUAAGGGGCCACUCCUAGUCUACCCCCAGUAGUAUAUUAGGCACAGAAUCAGCCUUUUUUGCUGUGGAAUCUUCGCUGGAAUACGUAAACGCCUAUGACGUCGUAACUUUUUGUCUUUAUCUGAUGAAUAAAAUGCGGUUGAACCUCUUUAAAGGCCUGUUUACAUGGUGGUGGGGACCCCAGGUAGGUGAGGUAACCCGCGGCUGGUCACCCAACCUAUCAUUUGAACGUGAUCAAAUUAAAAUGAGAGGUUGUUUGGACAGGCGGGUUACUACCCCACCUAAGCGGGUUACCUCACUUGCUUGGAGUCCCCUAACUCCGUGUAAACAGGCCCUAAAAUAAUGUCGAGUGCUAUUUUCAACUUGUUGGACCGGUUUUCCAGUUAUUUCUUGGUAGAUGAAGGUGUUAUUUUUUGCUUGGUUGACUACAUGUAAGAACUAGGGAAAUAUUCAUUGGUUGAUUGAAGUUUUCGAAGGAAUAAGCGCUAAUUAACUCUUCUUGACUGAAAGUCACUGAUUCUCAUUGUUCAACAAGUUGUUCCAAGUUGUUCCGGCUUAUUGUUUCCUGGCGCGCAAAUCGCGAAUAUGUCAUGAGCACCAAGGCAAACUAGCCCUUUCUACGACGAAAAGCAAUUUUUCACUUUCCCACAUACCUUUUUUCUUUUUCCACAUUUCUGUUGUUUCUAUUCACCACCACAACCACAUUUCUAUUGUUUUUCCUUUGCGCGCGAGGUUGUGGUAAACUGUUGCAAAGAAAAGAAAACUUGACUUCGUAAAUCUUCCCACAGGAUUGGAAAGAAUUGUGUAACGAACCAAACGGAGGGUUGCUUAAAAAACUAUCCUCUUUUCUUUUAUCCACACAGUAGUACUUUCUAGGCAGACUACGAAACUUUUAUUUUCUAUCCUUCCACACACGAAAACGGAAAACUCUAAAUCUUUUUCUUUGUUUGUUUACUUAAAACAUAAAAUAACCAACGAUUUGCAAUUGCAGCAAUUAAGUAGCUUAAUAUGUGGUGAGGUAACCCGCGGCUGGUCACCCAACCUAUCAUUUGAACGUGAUCAAAUUAAAAUGAGAGGUUGUUUGGACAGGCGGGUUACUACCCCACCUAAGCGGGUUACCUCACUUGCUUAAUACAAACUAAAUUAGCUAAAGUUAACUCCUUUAAGUACUCCGUCUUUGUGAGAAUUGUCAAAGACUGGAACAGUUUGCCGAACCAUCUCUUCACAGACAAAAUUAACGUUAACAAAUUUAAAAAAGGCUGUAAAAGAUGGACGAAGAUUUAGUGACACUGUAGCUCAUAUUCUAAUUGUAUAUAUUUUCAUUUUAAAUAUCAUACUUACUAUACCAUUUUGUACCUGCACUAAUGAUUUUUGCGCGCGUUUUUUAAUAUUUUUACUAAAGUUCAGUUAGGGGACCUUUUAUAGGGAUAACCUCGCGGUCCACCUUUUGAAAUAUGUAUCAUGUUUAUGUGCAUAUAUGUAUUUAUCAUUAUUAUUAUUAUUAUUAAAACAGUUUUGUUAUUGUCCUUCGCUUUAUUCCUUUUUAGGUUCCUAGGGUUGCCAAGCACUGGAAGGAAGUUGAAAAAAGCGGUGUUCUCUCCAUGGAACUGGUUGAUCUGGUGUUUUCCAAAUUCCUCCUGAAGGGUGUUGCCAGAAAAGACAUUCUUGAUUUGAUGGAACAAUUUGGAUUGAUUGCAAAAUUUUCGUCUUCAAAGACAGGAGAAAAGUACUUUGUUCCAUGUCAACUCAAAGCUUCGCCUGAUUCCCUUUGUUCCAUGGCGCCCACAAGACUAGACCCAUGUCCCCUGUUUGUUUACUUUGUCAGCGGUUCUGUUCCCUAUGGUCUGUUCACUCGGCUUGUUUCUCGAUCUGUCCGUUGGUGUUCUGAAGCUGGUCCAACUCAGCCCCCUACCCUGUUCCACAAUGGAGCGUGGUUCGUUAUUGGGAAACAAACUGUCCAUGAUUUUGUUCUUAUUUGUAAGAAGCAGUUUAUUAAGUUCUUUAUCAAGCAAAGAAACCACCCUCAGCAGAUCUCUGUGGAUGAGGCAAGUGAGAUGGCAGUGCAGGUUCGUGAGUUUGUGGAGGCAACUUUGGAAGCUUUGUCACGCGAUCUCUAUAAAGGUGGAUUGCAGUAUCAUAUUCGGGUCGCCUGUCCGUAUUGUGAGCGGGAAAAAUGUUCAAGCCAUGAUCAGAUUGCAUGUUCUCAUGAAGAUUGUCUUCACCUCCUUGAGGUAAGACAACGCGUUCAUCUGACUUGCGAAAAGAAACCUACAGAUGAAGUACUCACAGUCAUAGGAAAGCAAAAAUGGUUCUCACAAACAUCAAGUGAGGUAGGUAGCACUGAAAUCCCAUCUCUAUCAAUGCUGUUGGCAUGUUACAUAUAAAUGGAAUGUUAACUAAAAUUCCGAAAAUAAGCCCCUCCAAAUAUAAUCCCCCAAACUCGUAGUUUAAUUCCUCCAUUAAAUCGCCUCACCCGAAUAUAAGCCCCCAGGGGCUUGUACUUUGAAAUUGCCCUCAAAUACAAAAUAAAACAAAUUAAAAACGGUACAGUAACACAUAAUGUUUUUAAUUUGCCAAAGAACUAUUCCUCGUGCCAAAUGAUUGCAAUCAAGAAGUAUCACACUUUAAUGCUGUUUGCGUAGUUCACUCUUCACUCUUGGCUUGAAUUUCUUCGAUCCAUAUAGCCAAAGUACUCGCAUGGCUGAGUUUUAGAAAGACCUUGGUCCCCAUGGCGAGUUUCAGUAAAACCUUCGUGCAAAUUACUGACAAAAAUUUAUUUCCAACUAUAAUCUAGCCCAAUCGAUAUUGAGACGCAAAUGCCUCUCCCAUUUCCCUUCGUAUGUAAGCCCCUCAAAAAGGGCCUUUGAAAAAUAUAAGCUUGGGAGCUUAUUUUCGGACUUUUACGGCAUAUUACUACUAAACUGAUAUUAUGCUACUGAAAGGCUAGUCAUUUAUUUAUACUUAAAAAGCUUCAACAAAGUUUGUGUGUGUCAUUAUUAGAUUUUAACAAUGAAAGUUACUCUCCUGGCGAACGAAUGGGGGUCGUCUAGGGGUGGUUUGUCAACAAUAAACAGAACUCUUGCCAUACAUUUGGCAAAAGACCCACACGUAGAAGUGACCAUUCUUGUACCUGAAUUUGAGUGUGGAGAAAAAGACAAGAGAGAGGCUAAAAGUUACAACAUCUCCAUCAUAGAAGCAGGGCAUCUUCCUGGCUUCAGUGAUCCUCUUGAUUGGUUGAUCGUUCCACCAGAGGACCUUGACAUUCAGGUUGUGAUCGGCCAUGGAGCAAAGCUUGGCAAACAAGCGCAAGUUAUCAGAAAAUCUCAUCAAUGCAAUUGGGUGCAGGUUGUUCACACUGAGCCUGAAGAGCUUGCGAUGUAUAAGAACUAUCCAAGUGCCAUUGCCAAGGGAGAAGAGAAGAACACAGCUGAAGUUGAACUUUGUCAAAAUGCAGACCUCGUUGUAGCCGUUGGACCUAAGUUAAAAGAAGCGUUCUCGUGCAAGUUGCGUUUAUAUCAUCAAGAUAUCUUUCAACUAAUACCAGGUUCCUUUGCAGAGUUUUCAGAUAUUAAACAUGCUGCACAUGAUGGUGUAAAUUUCAGAGUAUUGAGCUUCGGUCGCGAUGAUUUAGAAGACUUUAGUGUUAAAGGAUACGACAUUGCCGCUAAAUCCAUAGUUGAAUUGAAGGACAGUUCCUACAUUCUGAUUUUCGUUGGUGCAUCCAAGGGAAGGCAGGAUAAAGUCGCAGAAAACUUACUCCAGACUAGCAUUUCAAAGAACCAGCUGAUUGUGAAAUCAUUUGUGACAGACAAACAAAAACUGAGAGAAUUGUUUUGUGCUGUCGAUGUGGCCAUCAUGCCAUCAAGAACUGAGGGGUUUGGUUUGACAGCAUUGGAGGCCAUGUCAGCUGGUCUUCCCAUUCUGGUUAGUGGAAACUCCGGAUUUGGAAAAACACUGCGUAAACUUCCAAUGGGUGAGUCAUUUGUGAUCGACUCUGAUGACCCUAAAGAAUGGGCAAAAGCAAUUGCAGCCAUCCGUCAAAAAUCAAGGACACAGCGGCUGGAGGAAAUCCAAAGACUGCGAAGAAGUUAUGAUGAAAGAUUCAGUUGGGAGGGACAGUGCCAAGCCCUUGUUGACAGGAUGUGGAAAAUGGUCUAUGGUAAGAAAUCAAAUUGUAUAUGUCCAUUGCUUCUGCAAUAGCAAGUGCAUAAAUAUAUUUUUACUAUAUUAUGUAUCGUGGUCCAUGUGCAUCGCUGAAGAAAUAUUACUAACUGACCUCUUUAACCUUAAUGGUGGCAUUCACAUUCUGCACACCGUUCUCCGUACACUUCUUGUGUUACUGAUCAAUUUCAUUUUUGAGACUUAUAUUUAUAAUCUUAUAACAUGUUGGCUACACUUAAAGGAGUUAGCGAUACAUGAAAAUUAAAAUCCAUAACAUUGCGAUACACCAAAGUCAUUUGAUUUCUAUUCAUAUGCAGUAGCAAUGGUGCUGUUCUCUUGUAUAUAAAAAGAACGUAGCAAAAAAAGACUAGCUAAACUUUCCGCUUAUAUUUUGUCACAAAAAAUGAAAGGGGGACUUCUGAGGUUGAAAUCGUUUUUUUUUUUUUGAGAGUGACAUUUUUUUUCUGUAAAUCAUCGCUUUUUUAACUUUACAGGAAAUGGAAAAACCAAAGACGAUGACGUUCCACGGAACGACUGUGAAAAGGACACUUCAACAGAACCGAUAGUAGGUAAUGUUAUUGUUUGCUUUCUCAGUUGAACCAAAGACAAAAUUUAUUUUCGCAGCGGAGUGAGGUUAUUUUCUUCCGUUGAACCAGGGUACUUUCAAUUAUUGGGGUGCAUCUCCAAGUAAACUGACGUAAACUAACUGUUUCCCUCUCCUGCUUACAGGCCAAACCAUUUAAAUUCACUGCAAAUUUUAAACUUUACAGGUGUUGAGAAAAACCAAGAAGAUGACGUUCCACAGAAUGACUGUGAAAAGGAUGCUGCAACAGAACCGAUGGCAGGUAAUGUCUUUGUUUGCUUCGUCAAUCAAACCAAGGCCAAAAUAUAUUUUUGCAGUAGAGUGAGGUUAUUUAGUUCUUUGGAGACCACAGUAAUUUUUAAUUAAAUUGUCUGCUGUUUUGAGCUUCAUACCAGUGCACCACCUCGUAUUAAACUGGCAUGAAAUAACCUCCAUCUUAUGUUAAGUUUUUUUUCAUCUUCCGUUUACAGGCGAACCCUUUUUUAUUGUACUUCAACAAAUCAUACGGGAAGCACGCAUAGAGUCCAGCGAAACUAAGCUGUCGCAGGCUUUGAAGAGGGCUGCGUUGGAAAAAGGUUUUGCAAUUUCUGACAAUAAAGGAGGGGGAAACUGCAUGUUUUUUGCACUUUCAGAACAGCUUGACCUUAUCAAAGGAAUAAAUAUCUCCCAUGAUGAGUUACGCCGAACUAUUGUUCAACACCUUCGGGAAAACCCUAAGCUGGUAAGUGCCUUUUUCUGUUUUAUUAUUUUUAGAGUGGACAUUUUUGCAGUAUAUGCGCGUGGCCCGUCACUAAGCAAUUUAAUAGUUAACAUCCAUUCCCCCCUCUCUCUUACACGUGUAACGGACACCUCCCUAAAACCUCCUAAACCUACUCCACCUCCCUAAAAGUGUUUGUCUCUGCCGUUCUUAACUGUUUUUUUUUUUUUUUACAUUUUUAAGGAGAAUAGUAUAGGGUGCACAGGUUAGGCCGCUUUUUUGUAGUGUAAUCUCAUUAAAAUGAAGUGGAAUAAAUAAUUUUCUCUCUGUCUCGUGAAUAAAAUGCGGUUGAAUCUCAUUAAGAUAACGCCACGAGCUAUUUUUACGUAGUAUUUAGUACAUCGAUUUAUAUAACUUGUUGGGAUUAUGCCCUUAUAUUGACAUAGAUUAGUCCAAAUACUGUGUGUCAUGUCUUUAUUUGGUCAUGAAGACACCUGUGACUUAAAAAUAGGGAGCUUAAGCACCAGGCGUUUUUGAGUCACGAACGUCAACCGGAAGUCCAAACUUGCGUUUCGUACUUACUGCGCAUGUCUUGCCGUCCGUGACUUGUCGUCACCGACCUGAAAACCCCGCGCUUGCCGUCCGUGCUGGUUGUCACCGACGCCAUGGACUCAGGAAAAGAAGAACAUGCUAUGUAAGUAAUCGGUGUGUCCUUAAUUUUCUUUUCUGAACCGGAGAGGAUUCUUAUCUUGCAUGUUUUCAUUUUCGACAUUGUUUUUUACUCCAAAAGAGUAUAUUUUUGAGGAGCAAAACAUGUAGUUCCUAACAACAACUUCUUUCGGACUCAGGUGCGAGUUGUUUACAUCGUUCACUCGGCAAAAAUACACUUCUUUGCCGACCACCGCUUUUUGCUUUCAUAGUUCAAAGAAGUUACAAACAUCUUUUUUUGUCCAGCUGUGAUUAUUGUGCAUGCAAAUAUGUGGUCAAACAUUUCAAUGGUUAACUUGUACAUGUUUAUCCUGUUUGUUUGAAUGGAGCUCCAGCUCAAAGUAAUUAAUUUGCCUUGCUUUUGUUUGCAAAAAAGAGAUUCCCCUAUGGAAUGGACUGAAAGCCACGAUGUGGCUUUAUGCAAGGAGGUGCUGGUUCAGAAUCCCUUCCUGGCCCGAAAGAAAACCGUUCAGCGAGCCGCAAUUUGGCAGAAGAUAGCUGAUGAGCUGGUGUCCCUGAGCCGUCCAAAGUUCAAGGUAACACUCACUAAAAGAUCUGUCCAAGACAGACUGUUGUUGAUUAUCACCAAACACAAAAGAAGAAUGGCCACAGAGAGAAGAGAAAGUGGUACUAGUCCUGAAAUUUCAGAGAUGGACAAACUAUUAGAGGACGUUGUGGAAAAGGAGAAAAGUUACGAACAGCGACGAGAAAGUGAAGGUAAAAUCACUUGAAACCAAGGAGGUUUACUCUGAAAAAUAUAUAUUCUUCCAUAAUUAAGACGAAUCUUCUGUGAUGACGUAGACUUAGUUUCAUGAUGUACACCACAGGGGAGGAAAGGCAAAUUUAAGGGGAUCUUUUGUAAUGAAAAUGGGAGGUAUGUUAAAAAAAGUUGCUGUAGGCAUUAAGAAGGGGGGUGGCAAAUCUUUUGAAUCUUGAGGAUUUGUAACAUUACAAGAGACAAAGGGCGCUUUCCAUUUAGUCACAAUUUCCGGAAUUUCUGGUUUGGCGGUAAAUGGAACACGUUUCGUCGGUUCGUCCCACUGGAAAAUUCCCAGAAAAAGUGGAAAAUCUAAAAAGGUGGUCCCGUUUUCCCGGUUGGAAUUUCCGAACGGAAUGUCGUGUUCCAUUUACGUUUCUCGUAGUUUGUACCAGUUCCAGGUCCACGGUCGGGCACCGCGACGUACCGGGGUUUAAGACCAAAUGGAACAACUUUUUACCAAUCAGAAAUUCCACUUUUGCUCCUACCGAAAUUUCCGGGUUUUUUUCCUAAAUGGAAAGCGCCCAAAGUGAAUUAAGUUAGAACCAUUAGUUGCAUGCAGUACUUGUGUAUAGUAACAAGUCCUCCUGAGUCCUGCUAUCUGCAUCACCAUGAUCAACUUUAUCUUUACUGGCUCCCACUGGUAUGGAUUUCUUCAUUCUCAUUAUAUCAGUCAUUAUUGUGUUCAUUCUCAUCACAAUCACCAUCACAACCACCAAACUCAGCCCAACCUUCUUUUUUUAAAGCUAAAGCACGUAUUCAGUAUUUGUCAGGCCAUCUUGACUUAACUCACAAUUUGCAAGUAAAAUUGUUAUCAUUAUUGUUUCUUUUCUUUAAAAAUAAUUCCACAAAUAACUUAUUUUAAAAUAGGGGAUGCAGAUAGAAAGAAGCAGGAACUAGACAAGGCAAAGGGGGAGGAGGCAAGGAGUAAGGCAAUGGAAAAACUGUCUGAAACGAAAAGAAGAAAGAAUGAUGGGUCUGAAGUAGAGCCCAAAAGGAGGCGAUCUGGCUCAGAAACAGUACAGUAUCUACGCGAAAAAAGUGAAAGAGAGGCGUCAAUUAAGGAGAGAGAGUUUGAGCUACAACAAAGAAAACAAGAGGAAGAACGAAAGCAUCAUGAAGGGUUGCUGCUGCUUAUGCAACAGCAACAGCAGCAACAACAACAACAGCUUCAAAUGAUGCUUUCUCAACAGAACCAAAUAAUGAUAACUUUGCUAGAGAAAUUUGCGUCAAAGAGCUAAAAGGACUCUGUUGGUUCUUUCCUGUUGAUUGAUUGAUUGAUACAGAGGGCUUUUAUAAUCAUUUUUGUACUUUUGUUCCAGACUUUUGUUGUCAUUUGGAAUUCCUACAUUAAAUAUUUAUUAUCACAUUUAAGAUGAUAUAUUGAGAUGAAAAAUCUUGAUUUGGGAGCCUUCUGUUUUGCCUUUAUUAAGCAUUAUGUCAAUGACAAAAUCUGGCUUUAAAGAUGCAGCGGUAUUGUGAUGUUCUCACUACACAUCAAGGUCAAGCUGUCUGCAACACUACAACCUAACUGUAAUGCUGUGGUCAAUCUGUCUGUAAUGCUACAUGCAAAAUUGUACAGACUUGUAAUAUUAUACAACUAUCCCCCGAAGGGGAGGUGAAUAGUGGUGGAUAUACCCAGACCCGAAGCGUCGAGGUAUAUAUCUAGCGCUGUUCAUCGAUCCUGAGGGGGAUAUUUGUUUUAGUAUUACUGAACCAGUUGGAUUAAAUUGAAAAAAAGUAACCUUUGGUAAAUUAAAAAUGUCACUUAGUUGGGGACGUUGUCAAGUGCAUUUUUACGAUUUUGUUGCAAAUUCAGCAUGAAAAUGAUUUUCUACCUACCAGUAAACACUGACAAACCAAAGUUCACAAACUACAAUAUAGGAUAAGUAUUGAUAGAACAGUUUUAUUGGGUAUUUUGUGACCAUUGUUGAAAGGUACAAACUCCUUGGCAUGUUCCUAUUUUCUCUUGUCUUUUCACCAAAACCUUCUGUUUUUAAGCUCUUUGAAGUAUAAUUCUUAUUCUGCUGCAUCUUCUUCAUUUUAUCUCUGUCAUUUAAGAACUCUUGGACAUAUUUUUUGAGUGUAAUUUUAUUGUCCAUUAGCAAAGAAUUUCAUGGUUCUAGGUGUCAUAGAAAGCUACAGCCAUAUGAAAACUUCUGUAGUAAAUAUAUUAGGUACAAACAGAGAAAGAUAAAAAUUAGUUAAAAUAUUCAUGCACUGUUGGUGGAUUCAGAUCAAAAUAAUUAGAUGUUUGAUUUCCAUACAUGCAUGUGAUAGCAUUUUGGAUUAAGGCACAAACAAGAUACAUCUUACCAAUUUGGCUCAACCCUAUUUUCAAGUUGUUUUUAAAAUCCAUGAAUUUAAAUGACCUUACAAUGUCACCAAAAACCCACUCCACUGAUGUUCUUACUUUGCUCAUUGAUUCAUUAAAGGCCUCCAUGGCAGGCAUAAGCCUGUUCCCUUUAUAAGGUGACUGCAAGUGACCCGCACAGGGUACACUGGAUCACCAUAUAUGCACAUAGGUUGUCCGCCUGUGGAAAAUGCAAAUCUUUCAAGGUCAUUAAGCAGGUGAGACUCUCCAAGCAUCCAAGCAUCAUGUCGCUUACCCUCUGGAAUGAGGACAAAAAAUAUAUACAGUUUGUGUGAUCAUGCACUUCCUGACCUCCUUUCCCUGAUCUUAAUUGGUGCUCUUUGUUGAGAGGCAGGAUAAAAAGCGGCAGAACGUCUUUCAUCAAAGAACUCGUUGCAUUUGCAAAAGUCAAAAUAAUAAUAUAUUUGCUUUAGUUUUACAAGGGAAAAAGGAUGAUUAUGAUUAUUGAAUGGAAGUACACCGUUAAGCGUUUCAUUUGUUAUCAUUCUAAUAAUCAACUUUUUUCCUCUUUACCAAAUAUUGUAAGCUUUUAAGCUUAAAACUUAAAAGGUUUGCAAAUGUCAUAGCUGGUAUUGAUCCAUACCAGAAACUAAUGAGUUUCUGUCCAUACCGAAUGGAUCAACUUCUUAACUGAAAGAAGCUCCUACAGAACGUAUUUUUUCCACUUGACUUGUGUGACUUACCUACAGGUCCAUACAUGUUGGCUAUAAGCCCAUUCGGCAGCGUUACAGACUGGAAUUUCAAGGCGUGAAUCCUUUUGUGUCCAUUGUAAACAAUUUCCUGGUUCUCGAUUGGUCUGGAUAUUGCUCUGACAGUCCCGUCUACAAAUCCAAAACAGUUAUUUAGGCCGGCUCCUUUAGUAUGAAUCGCAUCUGCGUAGAUUUCUAGUUGAUAUGGGUUGAGGAUUGCGUGGUUCCGCUGCUUAAUCCGAUGAGCAUGUUGAUUGAAAAUUUCAUCGAUCACACAGUUUGAGAUCAUGCUCAGCUCUGGAGCAGGCCUCCCAAACUGGGGAAUGAGAUCGGAGUAGCGACACGGGUAUGCCAUUCUUCGGAGCAGCAAACAUAAUCCCUCCAACUGAUCAGCCACUGUUCUUUGAGUGCAUCGAAAAACCUCAGGUAAACCAAGAACUUCAGCCAGUUCUGGAAUGUCGUCUUUUUGGAAACGAAAGUUGGCCUUACACUCCGGUUCCUCUAUUUCUUCUAAGUUAAAUCUCUCGUACUUUUCGUAGGAAAACUCAGGAUUUCUGGAUGUAUUUUCAUCCAGUAAAAGAAGAAGCUCCUCGUCCGAUAUCGCCUUUUCGCUGUGCUCUAUCAAAAGCAAUUGUCUAGUUUGUUUAAAAAACGCCAUGUAGCGAGAAAGAUAACCUGAUUCUCAGGUUACCACGAGAAAACCAGUGUUUACAUUGUCGUUUACAUUUCUUAAAUUUUGCGGCCGCGUCCGUGGCGGGAAGUCUAGUGCUUAAAACAAAUAUUGGCGCCAAAAACGCCGUCUUCGACUUAGUCUCCACUCGGUCCCCCCACGUUCGUGUUGUCAAAAACGCCUGGUGCUUAAGCUCCCUAUCA